UACCAACGGUCUACACUCUACACAGUACACACACCACACACACACGCACAUGAAAGAGAGACUCCAGUGAAAUUCUGAACAUAGAACAAAUAGAGCGAGUGCUAACGACAGCUCUUGAUCUGAAUACGUGACGCCUUUCGAAUCUCUUCAUCUAAAUCUCCAACAAAAUCCAUCACUUUCUCGCAGAACAUAUAAAUUCCAACACCCUGCAAUCGGUUCUUCGUGUCUCGUUUUUGAUUUUGUUUUCCCUUUUCAUUUUCUCGAUUUACGCAUUUGUAAUUGCCUCUAGCUAGGGUUAGGGUUUUCGAUUUGCUUACCUUUUUAAUGUUUGUUGUAUGUUGUAACGAAUCGAAUGAAAUUUCUACAGGAAGUUAAACUUCCUCUUCAACAUGCUAAUUCUAGAUUAGAUUAAUUUUGAUUUUUGUAAAAUUGAUUUGGCGGGGUGUUAAAAAUGGAGAUGGACAACACUUCUCGCGGCAGAUCAUUCGAUAGAUCAUCACGAAACCCUGCUACACUGAAGAAACCUCGAUUGGUAACGGAAGAGCCAACGAUUCUUCGCAGUAAUAAUAAUCCCAACGGUAAUAAUAGACCUAUAGUUCAACGGCCGUCAGUGGGGUUCCGGCCGGCGGUGGAGAGAGAUGGAGACUCCGAGUCGUAUCAGCCACAAUCGCUAUCUCAGAUAAAACAGCAACAACAUCAAGAGCUUGUGAGUCAGUAUAGGACAGCUCUAUCGGAGCUGACUUUCAAUUCGAAACCAAUCAUAACGAACUUGACUAUCAUCGCCGGAGAAAACGCCCAGGCUGCUAAAGCUAUUGCUGCUACUAUCUGCAAUAACAUUAUCGAGGUUCCGAGUGAUCAAAAGUUGCCAUCGUUAUAUCUUCUUGACAGUAUCGUGAAGAACAUUGGUCGAGAUUACAUCAGACACUUUUCCACCAAACUCCCUGAGGUAUUUUGCAAGGCAUAUAGACAGGUUGAUUCUGCAUUACAUUCUGGAAUGCGACAUCUUUUUGGGACAUGGAAAGGAGUAUUUCCACCUCAAUCACUUCAAUCAAUAGAAAAAGAACUUGGUUUUUCAACAGUUGGGAAUGGGAAUGGGAAUGGUUCCUCUUCAGGGUUGACCACAUCUAGACCUGACUCACAACCACAACGCCCUGCUCGCAGUAUUCAUGUAAAUCCCAAGUAUUUGGAGGCAAGACAAAAACUCCAACAAUCAAACAGGCCAAAAGUUGCAUCCAGUGACAUACCCACAACUCGUGCUGAUCCUCGCCUAAAAUUGCAUCAGGCACAAAGAGAUCCAGAGAGUGAUCUUACACACGAGAAUUAUGAAUUUGGUUCUGAUAUAUCAAGCCCUUCCGAGGGUAGUUUUGGAAAAUCCAAUGGAAGAGUAGGAGAACAAGGACUUGAAAAGACAUGGUAUGAAAGAAAUGGACAUGGGUUAUCAUCGAAUUAUUCACUCCAUAAAUCUUCAAUUCCUGAUGUGAAAUUACAACCUAUCAACAAUCUUAUAAAAGGAAGUGGUGAAGUGAGUAGGAGUUGGAAGAAUUCAGAGGAAGAAGAGUAUUUGUGGGAUGAUGUGAGCUCAAGAACAGUGAAUCCUAUUCUUACCUCUUCCAAUAGUUCAAAGAGAGAUCCUAGACUGUAUUUUGACCCCGAUAGACCGGGUUUUGAUAAUCGUCUUCAGAAAUCACAACGGAUGCAUGAGAAAGAAUCUUCACCUGAUCUACCAUCUGCAGAACAGCGGAUACCUUUACCUUCUACUUCACUAAGGGCAAAAGGGUCAUUUUUGACAGACGAAAAUGCUUUUGUAGGUGCUUCUAGAAACUUGUUACAUGGUUCUAAAGUUUUCCCUUCCUCUUCAAGUGGGGUGUCAGUGUCAACAAGUCUUGAUUCUUUAUCCAGAAUCUCUUUGCAAUCUCUUAAAGCAGCUCGAUCUCAGGGGCAAAUAAGUCAAGAUUCUCAAAAAUCAAAACUUCAAAAUUUACACCCAAUAAAACGCGCGCCAAUUCCGCCACCUCAUCAAGAACCUGUAUCAGAACCUUCUGUUCAACUUCAACAUCAACUUCAACCUCAACCCCCUAAACCCUUACCAGUGCCACGUCAGCAAAAACCUGUAGUUGCAGAUAUACCAGGAUUAUCAUCCACAAGUAGUUUAUUAGCUGCUGUUAGCAGCAUUUUUGGCAAAAAAACUACCACUCAAUCCAUGUCAUCAUCUCUCAAAAUCCCAUCCUCCCAUGAAAGCACAUCACUUUCAUCAUCUCUUCUUGGUACUACUCCAACAACACAGAGUACAACUCUUCCAAAUCCUGAAUCAAAUGUCUCAAGUCUUUUGAGUACAUUGCUCUCAAAGGGUUUAAUCUCUGCAUCAGAAGACAACAAAAACAACAACAAACACAACAACAACAAUAAAAUUAAUAAUAACAAAAGUGAUGAUGUCAUUGUUACUCAAACUCGAAAACUUCCUCCAAAAGUUUCCUCAAAGAGUGUUGUUAUUAAUAAUAAGAGUGUUGUAGGAUUAGAGUUUAAGCCUGAUGUGAUUAGGGAGUUUAAUCCUUGUGUGAUUAGUGAACUCAUUGAUGAUCUUCCACAUCAAUGUGGGAUUUGUGGGUUAAGAUUCAAAGCUGAAGAACAAUUCGAUAAUCAUAUGGAGUGGCAUGUGUUAAAAAAUUCAGAAUCCAACACUCUAAAUACAAAAUCAUCAAGGAGAUGGUUUUUGAAAGCUGAAAAUUGGGUCAACGGGGAGUCUGACUUUGACUUUGACCCUGGGUCAACUACACAAGAAACAUUCUUGAUUGAUGGUGAACAGAUGGUUACUGCAGAUGAAACCCAAAUUGUGUGUGUUUUGUGUGGAGAAAUUUUUGGUGAUUUUUAUAAUCAAGAAAGGAAUAAAUGGAUGUUUAAAAGAGCUGCUUAUUUAAAUAUUGGCAAUGGUGGGACCCGGGGUGUAAUUGUGCAUGAAAAUUGUGUAUCAGUGAAUUCGCUUUCUGAUUUGGGGUUAGCUAAUGAUGUGAAAGUGGAAAAGAGUGUAUGAAGGGUAAAAGAGGGAAACCAGGUUCAUUUUUCUAUAUCAAGAUUACUUGUUCUGUUAAAAGUUUGUUGUUUUCUGGCUGAUGAUUCUUGAAUGGAAGAGAAUUAUUAGAUGUCACAUACCGUUUUUGACUUUGUUUUGGAUGUUGAUUUGUAUAAUGCUAUAAGUAUAAGCUGCAUUGUAUAUGUUUGUGACAUUAAAUUAUUUUACUUUUUGGGUCGUAAGGACAAUGUUGGUAAACCCAUGAUAUAGUAG